AUGGGUCACAUUCGGACCAAGACCAUGAAGAAGGUGGCACAGGUCAUCAUCGAAAAGUACUACACCCGCCUGGGCAACGACUUCCACACCAACAAGCGCGUGUGCGAGAUUGCCAUCAUCCCCAGCAAGAAGCUCUGCAACAAGAUCGCCGGAUAUGUUACUUAUCUGAUGACACUCAUCCAGAGAGGCCCUGUGAGAGGUAUCUCCAUCAAGUUGCAGGAAGAAGAAAGAGAAAGGAGAGAUAACUAUGUUCCUGAGAUCUCUUCUUUGGAUCAGGAGAUCAUUGAAGUGGACCCUGAUACCAGAGAAAUGUUGAAACUCCUGGACUUUGGCAGUUUGUCCAACCUGCAAGUUACCCAGCCCACGGUUGGGAUGAACUUCAAAACACCAAGAGGAGCUGUUUAAUGUUUACUUUUGUGUUCUUUGCAA